CGGCUGCUGAUGGACGCUGCCGUCCUGCAAAGAUGUUGCGAGGGCGCCAAGGCCGUCAUCCAUUGCGCCGCCGCGGAUUGGCUGGCUCCCGGGGCGGCGGGGGCUAACCCUAGGAAUUUCUGCCCUCUGCACGCAAGCACGCCUAGAGCCCGGCUCGUCCACAGCAACAACCCGCCCAAUGUCUCUCCGGUAGGCCCGACGUCACCUAGAUAUCUGGCAAAUAUCUAGGCCAUUUCUCGGCAGUACCAUGUCUUACACCCAGCGCGAGACUCCGCGCAUCUACUCGGUGCUCGCACGCCACGGACGGCAGACCCUCGCAGCCGUCGCCAAGGCGUCGUACCUGAAUGCGCGGCAGAUCAAGUACGGCCUCGUGAUCCUGCUCCAGCAGCACCUCGUCUUCCACUCCGCCAACGAUGCGCAGCCCACGUACUACGAGAUCGACUGGCAGAACUCGUAUGCCCUCGUUCGUCUGGGCAAGGUCACCAAGCUGGUCGAGGACCGAUUCGGCACCAAGGCCGCCAAUGUCAUGACCAACCUGCUGCGCCUCGGCCACACGCGCAUCGCAGACCUCAAGGAAGCCUACUUUCCCACCGAGGCCGACGGCGACGCUGACUCGGACGAUGAGGCUACAAACGCCGUCGGCAAGAAGAGGAAAAGAGCAAACGGCGAAACCAAUGGGUCAGCCAAGACAAAUGGCACCGUCAGUGGCGACGAUGUGAAGCCUCCCGUCAACGGAGGCCGUGCGCACACGAAUGGUGGACCUGUCGAGCACGCCAGUCAGCACCAAGCAGGCGACGACGAGGGCGAGGUUGCGUCAGACGAGGGCGAGAUUGCGUCAGUCGAGGAGCUGUACGAGGUCAUCGAGCGUCUUAUCCAAAAGGGCUGGGUGCGGACUAUGACAGAGUCGCAGUACCUGUCGCCCGGAGAUAUGCACGAUAUCCUCCAGCAGGAGACCAUCGACCAGGAUCUUGCUGGCCAGCAGCCCACGGGUAUAAAAGACAAGGCCGUCUGCCACCGGGGCACGCUCGAGCGGAAACGCAACAUGCGCGACAAGUGGCUCGAAGUGCCAAGGUUCUCUCGAAAGCGCCCGGCCGACCAAGAUUACAGCAACCCCACGAAGCGCGUGAAGACGAACGGUGCGAACGGGUACGCGGGUGCUGGUGGCGCGUCGCCAGAGGACAAGCUUGUCAUACGAGUGAACCCAGAGAAGAUUGCUGUUGCUAUGCGCACAGAACAGCUCGUGUCGCUAGUUGAGCAGCGCUUGGGUCACGUCACGGCUCACAUAUACCGAACCAUGCUGCAAGAGCUCGAGGCAAAUACCGCACGCUGCUACGAGGAGUAUCCUGAGCCUCCGACAGCUGGUGAUGAAGGUGGAGACAACCAGAUCGAUUCCAAGAAUCUUGUCACUGCGCGAGACGUCGCAAAGAAGAUCAGCAAGAAGUUGGACAUCUGCGAAGGGUUGGACCCGAACGCAGUCGUCCAGAUCACAAGAAAAGGCCACGUUCGCAGCGCCAACGUCCUCAGCCAUCCCAUCGACCCGGCCACCCUCAACACCGACGAAAAAACGCGCAUCAUUGACAAGCACAUCCAGCUCCUUUCCGAAGACCCCACGCACUUUGUGACCUGGCACUCGCGCGCAGGCUACUCGCAAUGGCACAUUGAAUUCCCCGAGAUCGCCAAGCAGCUGAUCCAGACCGAGAUUGAAAACACCGUCUCGGCACGAAAGGGCACACUAGGCGUCAAACUGAUCCGCGCGCUGCGAAAAAAGGGCAAGCUCGACGAGCGCGCAACUUGCAACGCCAUGAUGAUGUCUGCAGGCGACAUCCGCGGCAUCGUCAACGACCUGACUGUACAGGGCAUCGUGCAGACGCAGGAGAUUCCCAAGGUGGAGCGAAGAGAAGCCAAACACUCCCUCCACCUCAUCUGGUACGAUCGCCAGCGUGCACGAGAGAAGUUGCUGCAUGACACGUACAAGGGCAUGGUGCGCCUACUGCAGCGCAUCCAGUUCGAGCGCGAAAAAGUCCAGCCCCUCCUCAGCAAAGCCGAGCGUUCAGACGUCGUCGGCAACGAGGAGAAGUGGCUCAGCAAAGGCGAACUCGACGCGCUGAGGAAGUGGAAGGAAGUGCAGGAGAAGCUCUCCCUGCAGCUGUUCAGAGAGGACGAUCUGGUCGCCACGCUGCGCGACUUCCACGGCCCGCUCGUCUCGGUGUAGGGAAGUGUAAUGAUAGUGCAGUUUUAGGCUUCGGCCCUCUUAUGGCGUUCCCCGAGCAGCGGAAUUUGGGACGGGAUCUGCUUGCGCAGGCCAUUUAAAAGCAUCUUGGUACGGAUGAUACCCCGAGCAUCUGGGACGGAGUUCGAUUCGCAAUAGCAUUCUUUCAGCAGC